CGUUCUUGGCUGUCAGCCUCACCACCAGGACACUACAUCAUCUCAACGAAUCCCCAUUCCAUCAACUCAAUGAUUCCAUCCUGAUCUAACCUGGUCUGGCCCGACCAUGAUCCAUAGACAAGUGGUUAUACGAUCUCCACAUUCCACAUUCCCCGCCCACACAUUACGAUCCAAUGGCCCGCGCCUGCCUAACCUGCCGGUCCCGGAAAAAAGCGUGCGACGGAGCAAAACCCUCCUGCGGGACCUGCUCCAAAUCCCGACGCCCAUGCGCCGGGUACGAAGCACAUGUCAAGGGCGUCUUUGUGAACCUCGACGCGGGCAAGAUGAAGGCGCGGACGCGGAUGAAGGGGCUUAUUCGGGAUGCGAUUGUUGCGAACCACGCAAAUAGCGAUGAUCUGACGAUGGCGGCAUUGAAAUCGGAUUAUGAGUAUGGGAUUCAUUCGACGAACGCAUUGCACACCCUCGAUCUCUCCCCCGCGGAAUUCCACAACCACUUCGUGACGCUCUGGGCGCAUUUCCAGGCCCGCUAUGCGCGCUCCCCGACAUGUUGGUCGUUGGGAGUCACUGAUCUGGGCGCAUACAGUCGCGCGCUGGAUCUCGCAUUUAUAUCGCUAGCUACAAUCCGCCUCUCAUUCUCCGACCCGAACGGGAAAUAUCUCGUCAUGAGCCUGUCGGCGUACAACAUGGGCCUACAGACAUUCCGCUCUCUACUCGCGAACGCAAAUCCAUCACAACAAACGAAACCGCAACUUGUCGUGAUCUCCCUCCUCUUUACGCUCUUUGAAGCAAGCCAGCAAAGACCAACAGCGAUCUACGACUCUGGCUGGGCGGGCCAUUUAACAGGUGCAUUGGCGCUCAUGGAAGCGCAGGGGCCCGAGAUGUUUCGGAACGGUGGGUUCCAUGUUGCGUUUUGCAAGUUGAGAGAGAUGGCGGUGCUUUUGGCGCUUUCGAGGGGUGAGCGGACGUUUCUUGCGCGCAGGGAGUGGGUCGAGGGGCCGUGGAAGGGGUCUAGAAAGACGUGGAGGGACAUAUUGUAUGAUAUUGCUGUCAGGGUCACGGAGGUGUAUGCGGAUUUUGAGAAACAGCCUGUCGUGGAUCAUUCGGAUCUUCUCGACCAGAGUACCCGAUUACAGGAGGAGCUACAUACCUGGCGGGCGACGUGGAUCGAAAGCGAAUAUCCGGAUCUACUACAGACCUGGCACCUGUCCAAGACAGAAACGACCCCCUCUCUCCUCCCACACCCAAGCCUCUUCCCCUCAAACGACUUUUCAUACAUGGCCAUUGAUUACCUCGCCUUUCUCCUCCUCGUCACAUACAUGGCGGCGCAUCUACAUCCUCAUCCUCAUCCUCACCCCUGCAUUUCCAUCUCCCCUCCUCCAUCUUCGUCUCCGCCCUCUUCGUUCCCUCACCGCACCCAGAAAACCCAAGGAACACUCCAAUCGCUUCGCCACACCCUCACCAACAUCCUAACCCUCCCCUGCUUCGGCCGCGCAAUGUCAGAUAUCGUCGGGAUCACCGAGGGACGGUGCCACUCGCUGUUUCCGCUGUGGGCUCUUUCGCGGACGGCGCGAGAUGGUGGGGAUACUCAGGAAGGGAACGAGGGAGAGGGAGAGGGGCAGGGGGAAGAUUGGUGGUCGGGCACGUAUGGGCUGUGCAGGAGGUUGAACUAUGGGCUUGACUGAAUUGAAUUCUAAUGGGCAUUCCUAGGCCCUAGAGCGUAGGGUAUUUAUUUGGUUGAUAGCGGGUUCAUCUAGCAUUUGUUUCUUUCCCGUUGUUGCUCGACAUGUCGAGCAUCUAGGUACCUAUCUACAAGAUCCGGCGCCAGUGAAGAUGGUAUUAUUCCAUCCAUCUCUAGGCGUCCUGUCUAUACGAGACGGAUGGCAUCACACUGGUCAGGCCAACCUACGAAAAGCUCUGCGUGUUGAGGUCCUCAGAAAUUAUCUAUCUUGUAUUGAGUCAAGACCGAUACAAGCCUUUUUUUCGUUCGAGUGUGUAUAAAGACAAGAAUUCCGAGCAGGAAACUACAAAUAUCACCUCAACAGUACGCGAAAAGAAUUUCUUUUUUUUUCUUUCCCC